CAGUAUACAGUACAUGAGGAGGCGUAGGCGCCUUUUGGGCAUCGUAACCCCGCCUACGCUUCCAGCUCUUGCGCUACCGGUGUUGACCGGCUUUGUACCCUUUUCUCCCACUACCUCCGAUAUAGCUCUCUACCUCAGCGUGUUAUAGUUAUCUAUGGCUGUGCACUUUCUAACGGAGGAAAGUAUGUAGUAUUGAUGGUUUUCCACUUUCUUCCGAGACGUUGCUUUCCAACCGCUGAAAACAGAAGAAGAAGAAGACGAUGACGUUGUUGGACUCAAGUGGCGCAGCAGGUGUUUUAUUGAUACAAGCAGUCUUCUUCUGUCUGUAGACCAUCUCCUCCUCUACCACAUCCACCCCUCAGUUAUGUCUGGUGGCAUUCUGCAACGCCUCAGCACAUUGACUCUGAACAUCAAGCACCUCAGCCGCCUCACAUACCUCCUCCCUUCCGCCUUGCCAUCGCCUAGUCCCACCACCACUGCCUCCCAGGUCCCUAUCCUGUUUCGAGAGCCCUACGUCCUCUCAGGCUACCGGCCCAUUAAGCAGGACUGGCGCUGCUACCUUCUCAGCCUCUUCCAGAGACACAAUGAAUCCCUGAAUGUGUGGACUCACUUGCUGGCAUGUCCUGUGCUGCUGCUCCGCUGGUGGGCCAAUGUGGCGGCUCUGGGGUACACCUUGGAUGCAGCUUCUCUACCUCUAAGCCUUUUCUUAGUGUCUUCUUUCACCUACCUGUUCCUCAGUGUAACAGCUCACCUCUUGCAGUCUCACUCUGAACAUGCUCACUACUUCUUCUUCUUCAUGGACUAUGUAGGUGUUGCUGUGUAUCAGUAUGGCUGUUCACUUGCCCAUUAUUUCUACACAUCAGAGCCAGCGUGGCGAGAAAGCUGGGUCGGAUUGUUGUUUCUACCUGGAGCUGCUUUCUUUGGGUGGCUCUCCUGUGCAGGCUGCUGUUUUGCCAAGUCCAGGUAUCGGCGACCAUAUCCACUGCGGCGUAAAAUCUGUCAGCUGAUCCCUACUACCCUAGCAUAUGUGUUGGAUAUCAGUCCUGUAGCCCACCGCUUGCUCACAAUCUCCUGGACACAGGAACCAUCACACCCCUUCCAUGGCCUCCAGAUUGCUUUCUUCCUGCUGUCUGCCCUCUUCUUCUCCUGCCCUAUCCCUGAAUGUUUCUUCCCAGGUAAUUGUGACUUUGUGGGCCAGGGCCACCAGAUCUUCCACCUGUUUCUGUCCCUGUGUACCAUGGUCCAGCUGGAGGCUCUGUUUCAGGACUAUGCCAGGCGGAGGGAUAUGGUGGUAGACAUAUUUGGAGAGAGACAGCUGAGGUGGGCUUGUUUAUCCUUCCCUGUCCUGGUUCUGUUUUGCAUCCUGACAGCACUGAUCACAAUGAAACGUAUGAACAAGCAACUGAAGAACAAACAAAAGUGGGACAAGUGAUGUGUUUGUGUACUUGUGUGUGUGUGUGUGUGUGAGAGAGAG